GUUUACGGCCAGCGGUAGUUUGUCACGCUCCCCAGCAUAGUUUAGUGUUAGCCGUAGUGUCCGUUGUUGACACCCAACAUAAUGAUACUAAGACGGCUAAACUGUUUCCAUCUAUUUGUAUCUCACCAGAGAGGGCCAGAUCAACACGGGCGCUGAUUACGUCAUCUGAGUUUUCUAUUGCCACUUAGUCAAUCACAACUUACGACUAUGGGUGAUGCAAUACCCUCAUGGUUGGACGAAAACUUCGUCGUAGCCGCUUUGGAAGGAGGACUAGACAAACAGACAAAGGUGUCGAUCAUCAAUCUCAAAUUCGACGCGUCCUCCACUGUUGAAGGUUUCUCCAGCGACAUCUACAAGGUGCGAGUGGACUACCGAGUGGGGGACUCGACGCAGGAACAGUCGAAGGCCCUUGUUGUCAAAGUGCCUGAUGCAUCCGGCUUGAUAAAUGUUUUAUUGGGUCCGAUCAGUUGUCAGAAGGAAUUCCGGCAUCAUAAAGAACUGCUGCCGAAAAUGAUGAAGAAAGUAAAUUUUGCGUUUGCCCCUCAGACUUUCUAUAGCACUGUUGAGAAAGUAGUUGUCAUGGAAGAUUUAAAAAUAGAUUAUCACAUUAUCGCUAGGAAUGUACAGUUGGACUUUGAACAUUGCAAGUUGGUGUUGGCUACCUUGGCCAAGUAUCACGCGAGUUCUGUUGCAUUAUACAAGGAAAACAAAGAACUAAUCGAGUUUGUAGGCAAGGAAGUCUUUUUCCCUGAAGGUGGGCCACUGAGACAAUGGGUGGAGUUGGGAACAAGGACUUUGGGAGAGUCCUUACAAAAGCAGGGUUACAAAGAGUACGCAGACGUUUUUCUCAGCAGAGCUGACAACAUUUGGGAUCUGUUAGUGGAGAGUAUGAAACCACAACCGGGUCACUUGAAUGUACUAAACCACGGAGACUUGUGGUUGUUUAAUUUGUUUUUUAAAUACAACGAAGCAAAAGAACCGGUGGAAGUAAAAUUUAUAGACUAUCAAGCGUCUCGAUACACUCUCCCCGUGAUGGACUUGGUGUAUCUCAUAUACGGAAGUGCCCAGCCAGAUGUGAGAGAACAUCGACAGAUAGAACUCUACAACCACUACCUGGAGGUGUUCAACGGUACUCUGGAGCAGCUCGGGUGUACUGAGCGGUUGACGAUGAAGCAGUUCAAAGAAUACAUGAAGUUGGCCAUUCCUUGGUUUAUCGGCGUCAUAUCGUUUGCUCUGUCACACAUGUGGUCUAUUGACACCAAAGAUGAACAAAGUUUCGAUGGUCUGACCACAGCAGAAGACUUCCAUUCAGGAAGAGCGAACCCUACACUCCUUGCCCUCCUUCGAGGAGAAGUCUUGAACGCUCGUCUCCCCGUUAUCAUGAGGCAAUACUUUGAGGUCAUAGAGUCUUGACAGGCCCUUAACAUUAGAGGGGUCUAUUAACAUUAGAGUAUACAAACAGCUAUGCUCAUUAGAACAAAUAAAGUUAAAGUUUUACGUGUC